GAGUGUGACCAGGUACACAUAGAAGAUGUGGCAUCUGAUGACAACGGCCAAGAUUUAAGCAACUACAAUUUCUCCACGGAUGGCUUCAGUGGCUCAGGAGGUAACGCGAACCACAGCUCCUCGGUCGGUGUCCAGGGGGGAGUCGACUGGAUGAGGAAACUGGCCUUCCGCUACCGCCGGGUACGAGAGAUCUACGACAAGUACAAAUCGAACGUUGGAGGCCUUCUCAGCCCGCAGAAGAGGGAAGCUCUGCAGCGCCUCAGGACCGAUAUAGAAGUGCUAACGGAUUCCUGGCUGGAAACUGCGCUGAAGUCCCUGCUCCUCAUACAGUCCAGAAAAAACUGUGUGAACAUCCUGAUCACAACCACCCAGCUGGUGCCAGCUCUUGCCAAAGUUCUCCUGUAUGGAUUGGGCGAGGUGUUUCCCAUCGAAAAUAUUUAUAGUGCUACAAAAAUAGGCAAGGAGAGCUGUUUCGAGAGAAUCGUGUCACGGUUUGGAAAGAAAGUCACCUACGUGGUGAUUGGAGAUGGGCGUGACGAAGAGGUGGCAGCUAAGCAG